GUCAGUGCGUGUGUGACUCCCUUUGAACAGACGUCUCUUUGCAGGGAUGGGGAAAGACAUCGACAACGGCGAACUGCAAACGUUAGAGGAGAGGACUGAAAUUCCAGAAUGCAGUAGAAAAACAAAGGCUGCUCCAGCAUUCGAGGAGGUCCUGGACGCCAUUGGGUCCAGGGGCAAGUUCCAGACGAGGCUGAACAUCGUCUUCGUUUGCAUUGCCUCAUGCUUCGACAUGAUGAGUCUCAACGUGUUCUACCUGGCUAUGCAGACUCCUGAUCACUGGUGCUACGUCCCUGGCAGGGAGCUUUCCAACCUUUCGAUUGAGGAGUGGAAGAACCUCACCAUACCGAGGUUUGUAGUGGGAAGGGGCCUCGUUCAGCAAGUGCCUGAUGUACAACCAGAGCGAUGUGACUGA